AUGGCCAUUGGAGAUAUCUUUUUGGGUUCCUUCUUUCAAAUUCUGCUUGACAAGUUGGCUUCUCUGGGAUUGGACUAUGCUCAACAGGAAGGAAGUAGCACCACCCUCCUCCAUAAGUGGAAGGGGAUGCUAGAAACAAUCUAUGCUGUGUUGGGUGAUGCAGAGGAUAAGCAAUUGAGCGGUGACAAUCUAGUGAAGCUAUGGUUGGACGAUGUUAGGGACUUGGCCUAUGACAUGGAAGACUUGCUCGAUGAUUUUGAGAUCAAGGCUGCUCAGGCCAAGUUGGAGACAGAAUCUACAACAAGUAGAGGUCAGUUGAAAAGAAAGUUUUCUUUCUUUAGCCGACCACGCUUACUUGUGUCUAAAACCAAGUUACAAGAGAUUAGUGGCAGGUUUGAAGAGAUUGUCACCGCAAAGGCUCCCCUAAGCUUGAUGAAGAAUGUUGUGGACAGAUCCCACUACACCAACAAAAGGCUACCCAGUACUUCUCUACCGGAAUUUCAAUUUUUCGGUAGGGAGAAGGAAGAAGCACAAGUACUUGAAUUAUUAAUCAGUGACGUCCAAAAUUCCGAUGCCACUCUGAGCAUAAUCCCCAUAGUUGGGAUGGCUGGUAUUGGAAAGACAGCCUUGGCUCAACGAAUAUAUAAUGAUGCAAGAGUGAGUAGCUAUUUCGAGAGGAAAGCAUGGGUUUGUGUUUCAGAUGUUUUUGAUAUUCUCGACAUAACAAAGACUAUUUUGUGGUCGGUCACCGAACUACCCUCUGAGGACAAAGAUCUUAAUGGGCUUCAAGUAAAGUUGAAGGACAGUCUAUCCAGAAAGAAGUUUCUUGUAGUUUUAGACGACGUCUGGAAUGAGAAGUAUGGAGAAUGGACAUCCCUCUUAAAGCCAUUUGAAGUGGGGGUUAAGGGAAGUAAGAUCAUCAUUACGACACGCAACCUUCCUGUUGUUUCCAUAACAGGAGCUUUGCCAUAUCCAUUGAAAGAGUUAUCAAUCGAUAACUGUAUCGGCUUAUUAACCUUUCAUGCUUUGGGAGCAAGAAAUUUUGAGAGGCACCCAAAUCUUGAAAUAAUAGGCAAUAAAAUAGCUGAAAAAUGUAGGGGUUUACCUUUGGCAGCAAAGAUGUUGGGUGGUCUCCUACGUAAUAAAGAGAAUCCCGAUGAAUGGGAAGCCAUCUUAAAUAACAAAAUAUGGGAUGCAAUGAUGGAAAAAAAUGAUGAGGUUCUUCCAGAUUUGAAAUUGAGCUAUGUCAAUCUUCCUUCAUAUUUGAAGAGAUGUUUUGUUUAUUGCACAGUAUUUCCAAAGGCCUAUGAAAUUGAUAGGGAUGAGCUAGCACUCUUAUGGAUAGCAGAGGGCUUUUUAGAUGGACAAAAAGCAAAAGAGAAUAUCUUGAGAUUAGGACGGAAUUACUUUGAUGAGUUAGUAUCCAGAUCAUUUUUCCAACAAUCCAGUGUUCACACAUCGAAGUUUUUAAUGCACGAUCUUUUGAAUGACCUAGCAAAGUCAAUUGCAGGUGCAACGUGCUUUACCUUUGGGGAGUCUUGGGAAGUGAAUGAUGAAGAUGAUGCCUCUUUCAAGAAAGCUCGUUAUGCAUCAGUCAUGUCAUCACUACAUCUUACAUCAAGAUGCUUGAGAGCAUAUGAAGGUAGACUUAUUGUUCUAAAGAUGCUUCAUAUUGAGGGGUGCGAGGGAGUGGAGUCGUUGGAAGAGGUCAUUGUAAAACCGCUAGAAUCUUUGACUAUUGGCGGCUGUGAGAAUCUUGGAAGUCUACCACAGUGCCUUCAAAGGCUCUCCAAUCUAACUCAUUUAAAGAUUUGGAAUUGUCCAACAUUGGAGAUAGAGGAAUUCCCUUCCCUUCCCAUCACCUUGUCGUGGCUUACACUUUGGAAUUGUCCGAAGAUAAAGUCACUACCAAAUCAGUGGCACCAUCUUAAAUCCCUAUGUACGCUAAGAAUUGGGAGUUGCCAAAAUAUCAAAUGCUUCCCUCAAGGAGGUUUGCCUCCCAACUUGUUGUGGCUCAUAAUUAGAGGGUGCGAGAAUCUGAAGCAGCCAGUGAGAGAAUGGGGCUUGAACCUGCUUACAUCCCUUGAGGAACUGUCAAUUGAUGGAAGAAGCAUGGGAGACAAGGGAGAGAAUGUGUGGUUUCCUUCGGAGGACGAGGAUGCUUGGAGUCUUCUCUUUCCUUCCUCGCUAACCAAUCUUCAGAUAUUUCAUAUGAGGAAUGUGAAAAGACUAUCAAGUGGUCUUUGCAACGAUCUCUCCUCUCUCCAAUAUUUAUGGAUUGUAGAUUGCCCGAAGUUGAGGUACUUGACGGAGGAUGGCCUCUCUCCCUCCCUGCAAGAAUUGCACAUAGUUAGAUGCGAGAUCCUGAAAGACCGGUGCUCGAAACUAAGCGGCUACUAUUGGCCCCUCAUCCAAGAAGUCCCUAUCAUCUACAUUGAGAACGUUCGGGUCCAAUGA